UGAGCGCUAUACGACCAGUUACUCGUAUUUUGUUUUGUACACGACGUCAUCUGCAUAAUCUAUUAUCCACCAAUAUCUCGACUGUGAUGUCCGAGGAACAUUUGGCCUCAGGUGAUCCUCUACCGCCUCUAAAAGAUGGUACAAUUCGAUUAUAUAGUAUGAGAUAUUGUCCGUAUGCACAGAGGUCAAGAUUGGCGUUACUUGCUAAAGGAAUACAGUAUGAAACAGUUAAUUGCAAUUUAAAGUACAAACCUAAAUGGUUAUUUGAAAAGAAUCCUAAAGGACUCGUACCUGUGUUGGAACACAAUGGUAAAGUCGUAUUUGAAUCUUUGAUAGUAAAUGACUAUUUGGACCAGGCGUAUCUUGGUAAAAGACGACUGAAUAAUCAAGACAUUUACCUGAAAGCCGUGGAUGAUAUGGUUAUGAAUGUGUUCAAUGGAAGGGUUGUACACCCCUUCUUCAGAAUGUUUGCUGCGGCGAAGAAGGACAAAGCUAAUGAAACAAAAAUGAUAAAAGGACUUAUCUUUAUUGACACGGAACUUAAGAAACGGGGAACACAGUUUUAUGGAGGUUCUCAGCCUGGUAUGUUGGAUUACAAUAUGUGGCCUUUCUUGGAAAGAUUGAAGAACAAGGAAAUCAUAACGGGGGAAACAAUCUUCAGCGAUAAAGUACCAUUAUUGGAUAAAUACAUAAAUGAUAUGAUGGAGGAUGGUCCAGUGAAAGAAACGUAUACCUUACCUGAAGUGCAGUUGAAAUGGACAACAGGUUACGUGUCUGGUAAUCUACAAUAUGACGGAUUGGAAGAAGCGAAACCCAAAUUAUAG